GAGCUGCUUUGCGGAGGGAAGUUCAAGGAGGCCCCCGUGGAGGGAGGUGACACAGUUGCCUGUUUGCUUUUAAUGGUGAUUCCAGGUUUUGGAGCAGAGCAGAUGGAUCUAUAGGAUCUCAACCCUCCUGGCCUUAAACUAUCCCUCAAGGCUCUGGUCUCAGAAAACUGAAGAUUUUAAAGUGGGCAAAAGACCCUCUUGGGUCUGAUCUCAUUUUCUCACAAAACUCAAUCACCCAUGCCCUCCCCCCUUCCUUGUUAUUCUUGAACACACAAGGCUAGCUGGUCCCCUCACCUCCCUCAAGUCUCAAUUCCACCAUGUUCUACCCUGGAGAAAAGUGAGCCUCCCCACUCGACCCCAGUAACCCUUUAUAAUCCCUCCUUGAUUUAUUUAGCCCCAUUGCAACUUGUCAUCCUGGAAGGCACUCCAAGUUUUGCAGUUACUUCUUUGAGCCUGUCUCCCUCAGAAAUAAACUGUGUUAGGCCAGGGAUUCUUUUCUUUAAAGAUUUUAUUUAUUCAUGAGAGACACACAGAGAGAGGCAGAGACAUAGGCAGAGGGAGAAGCAGCUCCCUGCAGGGUCCUGAUGCAGGGCUGGAUCCCAAAACCCCAAGAUCAUGACCUGAGCUGAAGGCAGAUGCUCAACCAUUGAGCCACUCAGGUGCCUCUUAUUUUCUGUCUUGUUCACAGCUAUAUCCCCAGUGCUUAGAGCAGAACCCAGUGCACAGUAAAUGCUCAAAAAAUGUUUGUCCACUGGAUUUUUAUUGUAAUGCAUUUAAUGGAACAGUCCCGAUUACUCAUAGGCGCCCAGGGAGAAACGUGGCCCUUACUGUUCUGUCUCUCUAGCCGGGAGUGUGCGUGGGCACCGUGCGCCUUAGUUGCACCGGCCCCUAAAACGGAAUCAGAAGUAGCAGUUUGUGUGCGUGGUAGUGAGACCUGGGCGUCAUUAAGAUUUGGUCCCUAAGAAAAUGCGGUGGGCUCGGCUUUGAUCAAGCCGGGCUGCCGCCGGGGGCCCCUGCGGGGCCGCCCCAGCCUCUCCCGUCAGGCCCCGCCCCCGGGGGCGGAGCCACGGGCCGGGCCAGCACGUGUAAGAGUUCGCCGCGGGUCGCCGCAGUCACUCACCUGAGCGCCACGGUCUGAGAGCGCACGGCCCUCGCGUCCUCCGCCCGCCAGCCCGCCCGGCCCGCGACCCAUGUCCCGCCGCAAGGCCGGCUGCACGCCCCGCCGAGUCGACCCCGCGCCCGCCUCCAGCACCGACGACGAGAUGGAGAUGCCGGACCUCGUCAUCGAAGUGAAGCCCGAGCCAGACGCGCGGCCCCUGCAGGCCGCGGGGCUGGGGCUCUUCUCCCCGAAGGAAGUGCGCGCCCGCGCCGCGCCGGGGCGGUUCGACGGCGAAGCCCGCCACUCCCCCGGGCCCGAGCCCGUGCCCGCCGGGAGCCCUCUCCACGCCCUCGGCGCGCGGAACCAGUGGGCGCUGUGGACGCCACUGAUCGGCAACCCUCGCGACCGCCAGCCCUGGACGGACAAACACCCAGAUCUGUUGACCUGCGGCCGUUGCCUGCAGACCUUUCCGUUGGAGGCCAUCACUGCUUUCAUGGACCACAAGAAGUUGGACUGUCAGCUUUUUAGAGGCCCCAGCCCCUGCCAGGGCUCAGAGCGCAAGGACCCCAAGGCCCUGAGCUGCUUCCGCUGUGGGAGGCAGUUCACGGGGGCCUGGAAACUGCUGCGCCAUGCCCAGUGGGACCACGGACUGUCCAUCUACCAGACGGAAGCUGAGGCCCCAGAGGCCCCACUACUGGGCCUGGCCGAGGUGGCUGCUGCUGUGUCGGCCGUGGUGGGGCCUGAAGCAGAGGCCCAGGGCCCCCGAAUGAGCAUUGUUUCCAGGCGGAGCCCCACCUGCCCUGUGUGCACAAAGACCCUUAGCUCCUUCAGUAACCUCAAGGUGCACAUGCGCUCACACACCGGCGAGCGGCCCUAUGCCUGUGACCAGUGUCCCUAUACCUGUACCCAGAGCAGCAAGCUCAACCGCCACAAGAAGACCCACCGGCAGCCCCAGUCCCAGAGCCCCUGCAGGGCUGAAGCCAGUCAGGAACAGGCCUCUGCCACUGCCCCUCCUGAGCCAGCUGCUCAUGCUGCAGCCCCAGCCAGCACCCUCCCAUGUGGUAGAGGCGGGGAGGGUGCCGGGGCUGCUGCCACUGCAGGCGUCCAGGAACCGGGGGCUCCCGGCGGUGGGGCUCAAGUAGGCCCUGGUGGGGCCAGCUGGGGACCUAACACCAAGGAAGAGAGAACUGAACCUGCCAAGAGCGAGCUGUCCCCAAAGAAGAUGCCAAAGCCGGUGGGCAAGAGCCGCGGGCCUGGGGGCAGCUGUGAGUUCUGUGGGAAGCACUUUACCAACAGCAGCAACCUGACGGUGCACCGGCGCUCCCACACGGGCGAGCGGCCCUACUCCUGCGAGCUCUGCUCCUAUGCCUGUGCCCAGAGCAGCAAGCUCAAUCGCCACCGCCGCAUGCAUGGCCUGGGGCCUGGCAGCCCCCGCUUCGAGUGUCCCCAUUGCUGUGUGCCCUUCGGCCUGCGGGCCACCCUGGACAAACACCUGCGGCAGAAGCACCCCGAGGUGGGUGGGGAGGCCUGAGCCUUGGGCACACCCUCCCUGCCGCUCCUGGUACCACUGGGGCUGCCGCUCAUUCAUCUCCUUGUCCUUUCUCUGCUGCAAGUAAAUCUGCCCGCCUAGCUACA